AUGGCACCACAGCAGGCAGUGGGCCGAGCAGGUCGUUCGCUUGCACUGGUGUGGGUCUUCCCCACAGUGGCGCUCGAGACACCUUAUCUUUGGAGCCCACCAAUCCUUUCAGAGGAGACUUGCAAUCGCCUGAUAUCACUGGCGCACGAGGGGAUGAGGCCGUCAUUUUCGAAGGAACGGGCGAUGGAAACCCUCCAUCUCCAAACCACGAGAGCCUUUGGCUUCAAUGCUUUUGACUUUGACGGAAAUGGACAUCUGGAUAUGUUGGAGGUUUCUGCGGCUGUACGGUCUUUGCUGAACGCGCCGCUUUUUUCCAUCCGGGAUGCUGCAGCUUGGAUUCGAGGUAGCACGGGCAAGCCAAAUUUGUCACUUGCCUGGCUGGCGGAUGAGGAUCACCUGGCAUUUCUGGCAUUCCGCAGCAAAGAGGUAUUUUCCCGAAUCUUCGAGCAGAAUCCUGAGAAGCUGACGAGGCACUCUUUCCAAACCUCGCUGUCAUGGGAUGCGGCUGGGUCUCUUGCAUCUGAACUGAGCGUCAUCGUCGACGACCUGGUGGAUAAAAGCUUAUGGAACCGGUUGCAGCUGGCUGAACCCUUGCAGAUCAUUCGUUAUAUGAAAACAGGCCACUAUGCACCACACUCAGACAGUGGCUGGCCAGGGCAUCGCCGGGUGUCAUUUUUGGUGUAUCUCAAAGCUCCUAGAAGGGGUGGUGAGACAUGCCUACUGCCAGGCGACUGGAAUUUCAGCUUGCAUUUGUGGGGGGCAGGGCGCUACAGCAGAGAUUGCGCCAAGUUGUUUCAGUCUGUUGGUGCUCAUUGCUUCAAUCCCAUCCCCGGGCGCAUGCUGGCCUGGAGAAACGAAUGGAAGGAGGCCUCUGAAGAACAACAAGACUAA